AUGGGCAGUCGACGCCGCCGGAUGAAGCAAAUGCAGGGAGUGCUUUUACUUUCGCGGCUGGAUAAGUCAGCAACGCGCACGUAUCAGAAGCCGCAACGCGUGAUAGUAGUGCUGCAGCCCCAGAUGUUGCAGCUCUCUUACUCGUCGCUAACAGACCAGGACAAUCUGCGUCCACUGGGACAUAUUAGCCUGCUCGGCUCCACGCUGGAGCAAGUCCUUAAUGGAUUUAUCAUUCAUGAGGCUGGAAAUGGGUCUUGCAAAAAAGUUAGGCUUCAGGAUCAGGACAAGGCCACUAUGGAUGCUUGGUUUUAUGCAGUCUAUACGGCGACCACAGAGCACAAGCGCAUUCCGGUCGGUAUCGACGAGAAUGAUAAGCACAAGCUCGGGGUCAUUUUUACUUCGAGCAAAAUCGAUGAACACACAGAGGAGGUGGAAUAUGAGAUAUCGUGCCAAUUGGCCCUUCCUGCAGGAACCAUUGACAAGCUUGGUAUCUCUUGGAAAACAUGGAAGACUUUUCAGGAAUUCCGAACGUUUGACGAUGAGCUGCGAGUAUCAUUCGGUGCCUGUAUGACGCAAAUCACGUUCCCUCGAGGCCGCAAACGCGAUACACUUUUUAGUAGUCUGCGCAAAAAGUCACUGCAAGGAGUGAAAGAGCAACAGCUUGCUCUCUAUACUAAACAUGUGUGCCAAAUGUCCGAGAACGUCAAUAACCCUUCGCUUCGUGAAAAAUUGAUGCAGUUUCUCAAGUUUUAUGAUUUUUAUGAGAUUGCUUCAUCAGCCACUAGCGAUACCGAUAGGAGUGAUCACGAAGCCUUAGCCACACUCGUCAGCACUGACCCUAUACACGAGCCGGUGCUUUCCGUAUCCGCAAAUGCUGAAACGAUUGGUGAUGUGUCGGAACAAAUCCCACUUCGUGAUGUACAGAGUGUAAGCCAGCCUGCUGCUGAGCCCUCAGAAGGCGUGUCCGGCAUACGUGUGAGUAAACAAUUUACUACUACGGACUCAAUUUCUUCUCUGCCGAUCAUGUAUGGAAGAUCGAGUUUUGCUUUCUCAGAAGACGAAGAUGAAGGUUUUGUGGAAGUCAUACCCGUAAUUGACCCCAAAGCAUCGAAGAGACUCCACAAGAAAAUUAUUCAGACUGUUCGUGAGCUUGUAUCUCACGAUGAAGAGCGCGUGCGGGAGUUCCAAGACCAAACGAAAGAUUUUGGCCGAGAUGAAAUGUCAGCCUUGGAGUAUUGCGCGUUUCUACUUGGAGCAGUAGGCGCUUUGGAGUGCUGUAAACUCAUUCCCGAAAUGGCAAAACUUCUUCCUGAUGACAUUAAAAGAGCAGAAUUAAUGCAAGCUCGAGCUGCCAUCUGGACACGAACUCACAGGCGGCAGCGCAGACGCUCAAAGCAGUUUUCAGAGAGCGUUGUGCUUCAAAAGUCAAGAGAAUCUCAAUUAAGUAGUGAUUACGUACACAGUCGAGCGCGUCCAAAGUCAGACAGCGCAAGUUUUUGGAGUAGAGAAUCUGAGCGCGUUCGGCCUAUUAAAGGAUUAGUACGAAGUUUUGAGAUCAAAAGAACAUCCACAUCACCAAUUGAACUCCCACGUCAUAGCAAGCCGUCACCCGAUGCUCUUGCUCAUUGUGCUGGGAUUGCUGACCCGCGACGUCAUUUGAAUCGACGAGCUUCCUUUAACGUAAUGUCUCGUGAGACUGUGCAAACGGAUUCGAUCAAAGAGGAGGAUCCGGCAGACAACAAGUCUGAUGACGAGAGUUUUUCAGACCGAUUUCACUCUCUGAGUUACGAGACUCCGCCGAAUAAUUGGAUGUCACCAGUGUCUGGAAAGAUGACGGUUAACUCAGGACGACGCAACUCUGUAUUUCUCAUUGAAGAUGAUGUUGACCACGAUGAUGAUGACGACCACAAUGAUGACGACGACAGUAAUGACAGUGAUGAAGAAAGUCGCCAUCCAAAUUGCUACGGUCACAGCCGCUAUCGUCAACAAAGCGGAUGCGAAAGUGGUUGCCGUAAAAAUCAUAUCGCGACUGAGUCUUGUGUCAGUGCUCGAUCUCGUCAGAACUUCUCUUUCGUUGCUGGAACUGAUGAAGAUCAUAACGAUGAAGAAAAUAGCCAUUUGCGAUAUCGCAGGAGCCAAAGCUGCGCCAGUCAUAUGUUCAAUGAGAAGGCGAACCUUCUUAACACAGCACAUCAAGAGGAAAACCCAGUUCUGGCUCGUCUUAAAAAGCAGGGGGCUUGUACUCUCAGGAAGGCUGGACGAUGUGAUGUACAGGCAGAGAAAAUGUCCGCCCACUAUCGAUCACUGAAUAAAUACAAUAUUUACAGAACACUGCGUUAUACGUCUAAGGCUAUCAUUCCUUGCAGCAUGGACGACUCGUGUGAACGUAGUACACAGCAAAUCGCGACUAACCGUAUUAUAAAGUUUGUGGAGGAAUCGCGUGAAAGCUGCUGGAAGCGUAGCGCGGUGGCUUGUAUAGCUGGAUCAAUUAUGGGAGUAGGACUUGGCACGUUUCUCGGCACUUUUGAGGGUGCUCAUGGAGAUCUCAUGGGUCAUACCAUGCGAGAGCAGCUCUACAAUGGUUUCAGCAAAUCUAUCAAGGCUGGUUAUGUGCGCAGCGUUCACUUCUCUAAGGAGUUUGCGCUCGUGGGCAGUAUUUUUGCUGGUAUCGAGUGCACGAUUGAGCGCGAAAGAGCAGCUCAUGAUAUUUUGAACCCUAUAUUAGCCGGUGGCGUAUCAGGCGGAUCGCUUGGUGCAUGGGCUGCGAGGAGGUCGGGUACACAGUUGCUAGUGCGAAAUACAGUCAAGGGCGCAGCAGACGAAAAAUUAAAGUUGUAA